UGAUCCCUGUGAAGCAUUGCUCAGGAGGGCAGGAUUACCUUGGAGCAGGUAAUCCUGGAUGCUGGCCGCACACCAGUGCUAGGAGUGGGUGCUUUCCAGAAGUGCUGUGAGCCCCGCUCCUCCUGGGUGGUGUGGCCCACUUGCCCCUGACAUCAGGAAGAGCUCAGGUGCCGGCUGCCCCCCACACGACUCAGGGACAGGGCAGCAUGAGCGGGGCAAGACACAUGGGCAAGAUCCAGAAACGCCUGGAAGAUGUCAAGAGCCAGUGGGUCCGGCCAGCCAGGGCUGACUUCAGUGACAAUGAGAGUGCCCGGCUGGCCACAGAUGCCCUCUUGGAUGGGGGUCCCGAGGCCUACCGGCGGGUGCUCAGCCAGGAAGGCGAGGUGGACUUCUUGUCUUCGGUGGAGGCCCAGUACAUCCAGGCCCAGGCCAAGGAGCCCCCCUCUGCCCCGGAGCUCCCAGGAAGGGCCACGGCAGGUUCCAAGGGACUCGAUUCCUGCUCCAUGGCCUCAAGUACCUACUUCCCUGUGGCCUCAGAGGGCAGCGAGCCGACCUUGGUGCACACCUGGGCCUCAGCCGAGAAGCCCUACCUGAAGGAAAAGUCCAGCGUCACCGUGUACUUCCAGACGGACAAGCGCAACAACAUCAGGGACCUCAUCCGCCGCUGCAUCACCCGGACCAGCCAGGUCCUGGCCAUCCUGAUGGAUGUGUUCACAGACGUGGAGAUCUUCUGUGACAUCCUAGAGGCGGCCAACAAGCGCGGGGUGUUCGUCUGUGUGCUCCUGGACCAGGGAGGCGUGAAGCUCUUCCGGGAGAUGUGUGACAAAGCCCAGAUCUCUGACAGUCACCUCAAGAGCGUUUCCGUCCGGAGCGUGGAAGGAGAGGUGUACUGCGCCAAGUCAGGCAGGAAGUUCGCCGGCCAAAUCCAGGACAAGUUCAUCAUCUCGGACUGGAGAUACGUCCUGUGCGGAUCGUACAGCUUCACCUGGCUCUGUGGGCACGUGCACAGGAACAUCCUCUCCAAGUUCACGGGCCAGGCGGUGGAGCUGUUUGACGAGGAGUUCUGCCACCUCUACGCCUCCUCCAAGCCCGUGAUGGGCCUCAAGUCGCCCAGGCCGGCCGCACCCCUCCAGCCCAGAGCAGCCCCUGACCCCCGAUCCGGCCGCCUCAGUGGCAGUAGCUGCUCCACCAGCGACGGCACGUCCUCCAACCCCUUCAGCAGCCUGUCGACAGGCAGCAACCCCCAGAACCGGAGUCUGUCCACAUCCUCGGGGCCCGGCAGCCCCCUGGCCCCAAACCCACCUCUGGCCCCCAGGUUCCAGCCCUAUCAUGGCCCUUGGAGGGCCCUGACCUCACAGGCCCACUUCUCCCCGAGGCCCCAUGAUGGCCUGUUUGCUCUCUACAGCAACCUCAACGGCUACAGGCCUAUGCGGCUGCAGGUCGAGCAGCUUGGCCUGGUGCCCAGGGUGGCCCACACCUGGAGGCCCUUUCUACAGGCCUCCCCGAAUUUCUGAAGGGUCCCUUCCUCCAGCUGACCUCCCCAGGGCCAAAGCUGGGCAUUCUUGGAGUUUCUGGCUCAAGGAGCCUACUUUAACCAGUGGCCCUUUGAACUAAAGGCACUUGGACAAAACCGUUGCCUGUGUUUGAAUGUUCCCAGGCCUCAGACCGUUCGCUUGCUGACCCCCACACUUCCCUGGGUUCCCCUCUCUAGUAUGGCCUAUGCAGCACAUUCCAGAAGUUUCCAGGGAGGUGGCGGGCAGGGAGCUAGAAGACAAAAUCAUGAAAAUAGAGCCCCUUUCUCCAAAGAGCAGCCAGUGCUUUCAUAUUAACAUUUUCCAAAUCUCUGUAAUGUGAGAAGGGGCUGAUGCAGCCCAAGUUUUACAUAUGGAUAAACUGAGGCACUGAGAGGCAGGGGGUGGGUGUGACCAAGGUACUCCUGUGUCCCAGUGCCCAGGGGUGGUCUGCUCCCCAGAGAUUCUGGAGAGACAGAUUCAGGAGUAAGUAUGGGGACAUUCUAGAUGUUUCUGGGAGGGGAGGGAAACUCCUCCUCCCUGGAAGAGCAUAAUACUAGAGUAUCCCUGGCCUGAUGAAUUAGGGAUGAGGCCCCAGAACCUGCCACUGUAAGUUAUGUGUGGCUGGUUGAAAGGGUGGCCACCAAGGGUGGAGCAAACCAAGGCAUCUAGGGGAUGGAGAUGGACAAGGCAGUUUGGCAGCUCAGGUUUUUGCUCUGAAGAGCCUUGGGCUGGCCUGGAGGUCCCUGGAGUCUGGGCUGGAACCCAGGGGUUUGAGUUGUCAGAUCUGGGAACGGCCCUGCAGCAGUGCUUCAGGAAGCCUCGAGCGACCAAUGAGGAUCCCGCAUUGACCUUGCAGCUCCCAGGCAUAGUCAGCUACCUCCAGAUCCAGGCCCCUCACCAGUCUCAUCAUUCUUUCCUUCUCAGGGUCACAGCACGUCCUGCUUGUUGCUGGGGUGGUAAUAGAUGCUAAGGCCACAGCGUUGCUGGUGUAGAAAGAACACAGGAUGCUGAGGGAGCACAAAGGAGGGCCAGCCAGCCAGCUUGGGAGGCCAGGGGACACUUCCCAGAGAAGCGACAGGUAACCCAAGACCUAAGGAACGAGGCUGUAUGGCUGGGGCGAGGGAUGUGACUCGGGCUGUUUCAGUCCAAGAGAAGCAGGGGCAAAAGCCCCACACAUGUCUUUCGGUUUCCAUGUCCUCCCCCGCCACCAAGUCGUCUCAGCAAAUGUCUUCCUGUUGCCCUUCUCCGGCUCAGAAGCUUUGCCUUUGCUGCGGAGGCUGGAGGGACAAUCCUUCCUCCUGGUGGCCUCUGAAUCCUGAUGUACAUGGCAUCCCGAGUCGUGCUCUGCAGAGGGCAUCUCCCUGCAGCCCAGCCCUGUUUGUAUUUGUCCAACACUCCUGGCAGAGGCAGAGGCAUCUUCGCUUUUGUUUUAAACUGUGUUUCUGUCCUCACUUCACCUUUUUAUUCCUUAGUUCCUGAAAAUCCAACAAUAACACCAAAAGCCCUUUGGCUGCUGAAGGUUGUUUUUUUUAAAAAAAAAUAAAUCCAUUUAUUUAUUUAUUUUUGGCUGCCUUG